GCCGUGGUGCUGAUCACGAACGCGCGAAAAACGGGAAUUACCGUUCGAAAUUCAAAAAUAAUAUAUCCAUAAGGAUCUGAUAAAUAUUAAUUAAUUUUCAAACUUAUUUUGUGAUAGAAUAAUUUUUAUUCUAAAAUUUGACUGUGAAUAUUUUAAAAUAUGGUGAAUAAAAUGUAUAAGGUGACACACGAGAAAUCAGAGAAUCAUGGAAGCAAACAUAACCAGGUGCUCAUGUCCAUAGUCGUAUGCAUGCCCAUCUUAGCCUAUGGUACCGCAAUGGGCUGGAUAUCCCCCAACAAGGCCCUCCUGAUGGGAGACUCGUCGCCUUCAAACGGACCUCUAUCCGAAGAAGACGUAUCAUGGAUGGCGUCAAUCAUGUUUAUAUUCGCCCCCAUCGCUGUAUUUAUAUAUGGGGUAGCGGCGGAUAAGUUUGGAAGAAAAAAAGCACUGCUCUUUGCAUCAGUACCAAUAUCGCUCGGUUGGGCGGUAAAGCUAAUCUGCGCGCACCCCAUCGCACUGAUCGGUGCACGAGCACUGAUUGGAUUCGGCUCGGGAGGAGCUUUCGUGGUCUGUCCGUUGUACGUCAAAGAGAUUAGCGAAGAUAGUAUACGUGGCAUGACCGGCACCUUCAUUAUAUUCUCACAGACCGUUGGUAAUCUGCUGGUGUUCAUACUGGGUGACCUACUCCCAUUCCACACUGUACUAUGGAUUCUACUGGCAAUACCACUGAUACAUUUCUGCAUUUUGCUGCGGCUACCCGAAACACCGUCCUAUCUCAUCAAAUGUGGCAAGAAUGAGGAAACAGCAAAAGUUCUAGGCUGGCUUCGCUCCGUUCCUCACACAGAUAAGGCUAUCAGUGAUGAAGUAGACAAAUUGAUCAUCGAACAGACGACGUGUGAACCAAAAUUUUCGCCGAAAUUAUUAUUUGCGGAUAAAACUGCACUUAAAGCAUUCUGGGUGGCGCUCAUUGUGAAUCUUACCCGAGAGUUCUGCGGCUGCAUCGCUGUUCUCGUAUACGCCAGCCACAUAUUCGCUGAAGCGGGAAAGGACCCCGACACGCGCAUCGCCCUCUCUCCCAACAAGCAGUCGAUUCUGUUAGCCGUCGUCCAGAUUUUUGGAUCGUUUCUGGCGUGCCAACUCGUAGACCGCGUUGGGAGGAAGCCGCUGCUGGCGGUGACGAGCGCGGCGGCGGGCGUGAGCCUGUGCGCGCUGGGCGCGUGGUUCUGCGCGCGCGGCGCGGGCGCGGGCGCGGCGGGCUGGCUGCCCAUCGCGGCGCUGUGCACGUGCAUCUUCGCCGACGCGUCCGGCCUGCAGCCGCUGCCCUUCGUUAUCAUGACCGAGAUGUUUAGUUUCCAGCUCCGCGGUACGGUAGCUACUUUAAUAAUGGCUAUAUCUUUGGGAACCGACUUUGCACUUCUAAAACUUUUCGCUCCACUAAACUCCUGGAUUGGAUACCAUUCAACUUUCUGGAUCUUCAGUUUUAUCUGCUUAGCCAACGUGUUCUACCUCAUCUUCUGCGUACCGGAGACGAAAAUGAGAAGUCUGGAAGACAUUUACGCUGAUCUAGAAGGUAAGAAGAGAAAGAAGAAAGAAAACGUCGUUGAAACUAAUCAUGUAUAGUUCCUUUAUUUUAGUUAAGUAGGUACUUGGUUUCGCUUGUAAACUGACUUUUAAAUUCCAUAGAGAAUAAAUAUAAAAUAAUUUAUACUUAUAUAUAUUUAUACAUUAUAAUUCGGAUGCUGCAAAAAUACAAAAGACUAUUAAAAUAUCUCCGUCUGUAAUAAUUAAAUAAAUGUCUGAAAUUAUUAUAUUUAAAUAAUAAUCUAAAUUAAAUAAAUAAAGUACUGCUGUGUAACGACUCAAGUGAUAAAUCCAGAGAUAAAAAUUAUCAAGAAAUCGGAUGAAAAACAAAUGUACGUCCACGCACACACGGCCUGGAGGAAUAAAUCUCAACCCUACUAUGUAUUUAUAACAUACAAUUGUAUGGAAAUGAGACAUUAACAAACUUUUAAUGCCCAAAUAUUAACAUGUUUUUAUGUUACAAUCCAUCAAAAUAAAUAUAAUGAAUUGUUUCUAUCUGUUUCAAAUGUUCUUAAAUAGGGUUUUUGGAAACUGUGUUACGCAGCUGUAAAUACGCAGUAGGAAAUCAUAACUAAGGUUGAAUUGGCAAAAAUAAACUCUUUAAAUACUAAUUUUAGUCAAAAUAUAUAAAUGUAUACGAUACGAAACAAAUAAUCGUUCGCUAACGGUACUCCAAUCUGACAUCUGGAGUACCGUUAGCAGCGCCAACGUCAGACAAGAUCAGUUGGUCGUAAUGCUCCAUUCUAAAAGACCCUCAUGACAUUUGGGACGGAUAUUUAAGAGCGCUUAUCCAUAUUGCCGCUUCAUAGUUUCUGUCAUUUUUAAGCUUGUGUGCGUGUAGCUGUGUACGUAGUCAAGCCAAACGAUUUAAAGCAUCGUGAUGCUAUUACAUUAUUUAUUCCGUAUAUUUUCUAUGGGUUUUAUUUUCAUAAUAAAUUACUGAAAUAAUUAUAAUAAAUUGUAUAGACACAUACGUUGAUUUAUAAAAAAUAAAUAUUUAGAGUAAAAUAUAAAAUCAAUAGUCACUCAUAGUAACCGUAAAUUUUACGACGCUUGCGAUUUCUUGAGUAAUUUUAUUAUAAUUUUUUUUUACAUCAAAACUAAUAUACUUUCAGAACACUGGUAGCCUGAAUAUAAAUGGCAACUCAAUUAUGAGUUCAUAAACGAAUAUAAUAAAUUAAAGACAAUAGAUAAGAUUUUUUUUUAAUUUAAGUAAGGUUCAAGUACCUAAUUAAUGCGUGGUACCUGGUUUUGAACAACCAAUAAUUGCAUUGAGAAACCUCCUUUUUUGAACUCUCUAAGUGUAUUGUCACGUGCACACAACAUGCACGUUUAACAAAUAUCAGUAAUGUUUAUUUAGGAUUAUUUUCUAUGGAUUCUAUUAAAAAGAGACUAAAUCUUCGUAGUUUUUUCAAGUAACUCAUAAAUAUUUGGCUCACAAUCCCUUUCAAGUCUCGUGAAAACGGCUAAUCCGGCAUAAGCGCUCUAAGCUUAAUAUAGUUAAGUUAUAUAGUUAUGAUAAAUGUAAAUAGUUCGUUAUAAGGCUGCUUUCAGAUUAUCUGAAAUGCUGAUAUUUUGUGAUA